UUAGUCGCUAAUGAUAGCUAGCUAACACCCCCGACCAUGAGCUCUCUAAACUACUCCCCUCCUGUUAAAGAAGAGGGUAAAUGCUGGACGGAGAAAGAAGCUCAGGGGCUGAACAUUGUUGUGGAGGAGGAGGAAGAGGAGGAUGUCACAGUAAAACAAGUGGAGGGUGAGGUUGUUCCAGUGGAAAAAGAAGAGGAAGAUGCUGAUUUUGGAGUGAAGAAUGAUGGGGAGAUUACUGUCACAUUGAAAGAUGAAGAGGUGGAGAUAGGAGAUCUGAUUCACACCAGAGAGAGACGUGGAUCCUCUGGGGAGCCUCAGCAACCUCAUGAUGCUGACAAGGCAGAGAAGAGUCUCUCCACAUUUGAACACAAGAAACACCAGCAGAAACCCACAGGGAAGAGAACUCACCGCUCCUCUGACUGUGGGAAGAGAUUCACCUCAUCAACGGGCAUUAAAAUUCAUCAGAGAAUCCACACAGGAGGGAAACCUUUUAUCUGUACUCAAUGUGGGAAGAGUUUUACUCAAUCAGCCAGCCUAAUAUCACACCAGAGAACACACACAGAUGCGGGAAGAGUUUUACUCGGUCAACCGGCCUGAAAUCGCACCAGAGAACACACACAGGAGAGAAAAUAUAGAGCUGUGAUGAAUGUGGAAAGAGAUUUGUUACAUCUAACAGUCUGACAAAACACAGGAGAGAAACAGUAUAGCUGUGCUCAAUGUGGGAAGAGCUUUACUGAGUCUAGCUGUCUGACUAAACACCAGAGAA